AUUCAUUCAUUUCUGUUUCAAAACUGUUGAAGUGUCGUGUGUUGAGUUUGCGACUUUGUUUUGUGUAACAAUUUAAUUAUUUUCAUGCUUUGUUAAAGAUUAUAUUUUAAAUAUGACAACUUUAUACAGUGUAUUGAUUUUCGCUUGUACUCUGCCAGCAGUUUUCAGCGUACGUUGUUAUCAAUGUGCAUCGUCCCAAAACUUGCUAGAAGAUACUUGCGGCGCUUAUAAGUCAUUCGACAAAGAGAGUCACAUAGCAGUUGACUGCUACAGCGAAGAAACCAAUAUACAGGGAGCAUUUUGCAUGAAACUCACUCAGCAGGGACCUAAAGGGUUUAUUUGGGAUGGUAGAUGGCGUCAAGUGAUUCGCCGCUGUGCCUCAAUAGCAGAUACCGGAGUCACCACAGUGUGCAAUUGGGGAGUGUAUGAAAAUGGCGUCUAUUGGGAGGAGUGUUACUGUGCUUCGGAUGAGUGCAAUGGUUCAUCAUUCAUUACCUCUUCCGUUGCACUGACUUUGAGUACCAUAGUUUUAGCUUACUUGCACAAACUUGUUUUGUGAUGUAGUUAAGUUAUAGUUUCAUGUUGAUGUAAUUGACAUUAACAGGGCUCAAACUUUUAGUGCUGAUGAUCUACCUAGAUGAUUGUAAAGAAUUACCACUUAUCAAUAUUUUUAAUUAAACAAUAUUAUAUUUACAUCAUCCAGUGUGCAAAACGGCAUCAUCUUUACAUCACCCACAAUACAAAUUCGAGCCCUGGACAUGAAGAUGAACUGGUAUCUUGGUGGGCUGAAAGGGCACUCAUGCAAAAUUAUUACACAUAGGUACAUUGUAACCCACACAGAAGAACAGUUACCAACUGUAUUCAAAUGUUGAAAGUUUGAGAACCUAGUAGACUGUCAUGUUCAAUGAACCUAGUAGCUAUUGUUCUGAUUUAAUUUUAAAAAAUCAAUGGCCACCACAAUUGGAUUCUAGUUAGAUUCUAGCUUCUAGCCAAAGGAAGGUGUACCUAUAAAUAUUAAUUUCAACUUAAUUUGACAGUAGAAGAAAAAAAAAGUGGAAGUAACAAGCAUUAAGCCUUUACUUCUGUUAUGUUUACACUUGUUUUACAGGCCUUGUAAAACAUGUGUAACCAUAACAGAAGUAAUACCAGUUUCAUAUCUUGUGUAAAACAUACCUAUAUGUAUUUUCCAAUAGAGUUAGAACAUGACAAGAGCCUAAAUAUUGUAAAUUUGUAUGUUGUUAUUUUGUUCCGUCCAAUUUAUAAUACUUCUUAGGUUUUAGUACUUAUACAUUUUAUGCUAACUUUUUAAUGAAGUGACAAAUACAAAUAGGGUAGAACUUGGACCUAUAUGUAUUUUUUCAAUAGAGUAGGUAAGUAAAUGUCAAGAGCCUUGACAAAUUUGUGUCUUGUAAUUAUUUUCCGUCCAAUUUAUAUUAGUUUUUAGUACUUAUACCUGCAUUUUAUGCUAACUUUUUACAACUGUCUUCAGUAAACAUCUUAUUAUGGUAUUACAUUUUUAAAGUGUAGGUAACAUUCAUUUCAAAGUAUACAUUUUGCACAAUUUCGAUUUAAGACAGUGUAGAGUCAGUAAAAUAUGUAAUAAGUUAAUAACAAAAUGCCUUAAUAGAGUAAGUAUAAAGUAGUAUGUUGUGCCUUAACAUACUUAUACAUUUUCAUUGUAGAUUGUAAGAGUUUUAUUAUCAGUUCUGUGACUUGAGAAUCUCAUUAAUAUUGUUUACUUACCAAAUUAUUCAUGCACACAAUUAUUUUAUGAUAAAUAAGACUUCAAAAACAUUCCCG